AUGUACACCACCGAUUCUCUUCGCGACACGAUCCGAGACGCGCCGCUGGGACAAAUUCUCAGAUUCGCUACCAAAAACCACCUCUUCAAAUAUCCAGAAGAACAUCCAGAGUUUGAGCUACCUGCUGCCUGGAAUCAUGUCCUCAACAGUACCGACCUCAGAACCGCAUUCCAUACUGAGACGGACACUCCCUCGACUAUCGUCAAUCCAACAUCCGAUGAGAAUACCAUCGAAGGCCUAGAUCUCGAGGCCAAAGGUCAAGACACUGAUAGACCUACUCGUGCCACGCCCAAUGUUACCGAGAAUGGAGUCAUUCUAGUUGACUGGUACUCUGACCAAGAUGCCGACAACCCGCAGAACUGGUCCAACCUACGUCGAGCCCUCAUUGGCUUGAUCAUCUGCUUCUACACGUUCGUUGUAUAUCUCAGUUCAGCGAUAUACUCACCCUCUGUUGAGGGUGUCAUGGAGAAGUUUGGAGUCAGCAACCUUGAAGCGACGCUCGGUCUUGCUAUGUACGUUCUAGGAUACGGCAUAGGUCCAUUGAUAUUCUCUCCCCUUGGAGAAAUACCUCGUAUUGGUCGCAAUCCUAUCUACAUUAUCACCUUCGGUAUAUUCGUUAUUAUUUCGAUCCCAACAGCCUUGGUUGAUUCGUUUGCGGGACUCGUCGUCCUACGUUUUCUGCAGGGGUUCUUCGGAUCUCCUUGCUUAGCCUCUGGUGGUGCGUCAUUGGGCGACAUGUACGGGAUGAUACACAUGCCUCUCGCCAUGAUCGCUUGGGUUGGCGCCAUGUCUUGCGGUCCAUCUCUUGGUCCUUUGAUCAGUGCAUACGCUGUUAUAGCAAAGGGAUGGCGUUGGUCCUUGUACGAGUCAAUUUGGGUCUUGGCGCCAGUACUCACCGCUCUGUUUAUCUUCAUGCCAGAAACUAGCGCCCCUAACAUCCUCCUUCGCCGAGCCGAAAGAUUGCGCCGAUUUGCCAGUAGUCAGAGGCUGCAAUCCCAAAGCGAGAUUGAUCAGGCACAUCUUACAGUCUCAGGUAUAGUCGUAGAUGCCUUGAUCAAGCCCCUCGAGAUCACCAUCAAGGAUCCAGCAGUCCUAUUUGUACAGAUAUACUCGGCCAUUCUCUACGCUAUAUACUACUCCUAUUUCGAGGUCUUCCCAUUGGUCUUUCCUGUCUACUAUGACGUGACUCUUGAGGAGGUUGGCCUUGUGUUCAUCUGUAUCGCAGUUGGAUGCAUCUUGGCUAUUAUUUUAUACGGCGCAUAUCUCUAUUACGUGCUCAUACCACGAAUGAAGAAGUCUGGCAUCGCCCAACAAGAAGAGGUACUAUCACCUGGACUUGCCGCCUGCUUCGGCCCGACUAUUGGCCUAUUCAUAUUUGCAUGGACGGCUAGGUCUUCCAUACACUGGAUCGUGCCAGUCAUUGGAGUAACAAUCUAUGCCGGCUCAAUCUUCACAGUGCUGCAGGUAGUAUUCCUCUAUGUUCCCAUGACCUACCCUCAAUAUUCUGCUUCACUGUUCGCAGCGAACGACUUCUUGAGAAGUGCCUUAGCCAGCGGCAGUAUUCUUUUUGCUCAUCCACUCUACAAAAAUCUCGGCUUUGCAAAAGGCACAAGCCUUCUGGGAGGCCUGAGCGUCAUUGGCAUCUUUGGCAUGUGGGUUCUGUUCUUCUACGGUGCGAAGCUACGUGCCCUCAGCAAAUUCGCUACGUGA